AUGUGACGUCACUGAUAAGCAGCAGCGUCAACCUUCCGCCUCCCAGACGAGUGAACAGUGAAAAUAGCGCUCAGGAUUUUUCCUCCAGCAAGCGCAGGCGUUAAACGCUCCCCUGCAGUCGCCUUGGAUGCACACGAGGGUUCUGGCAGUCUGUUUCUCCCUCUAGGUUUUAACACGGAACCUCAAGAAUGAGCGACGGGGAGUGUGACUUCUUCUGCUUCUUCCGCUGCUGCUAAACACACUCUUCACACGCCCCUGACGUCAGCAGGAAUCUGGACAGUGACAUCUGUGGAAAGGGACGGCUCAAGGACUCCGUGCUUCAUCCAAGCCAUUUCAGCAGAUCGGACCGCUGCCCACCGACAGGUAGGCGGUCGGUCUACCUGUGCGGGUCGUCGCAUCGGUCGACUGGAUGUCUGUGGACAUGAACAGCCAGGCGUCUGACAGCAAUGAGGAAGACUAUGGGGUUAACUCUGAAGAAGAUGAUGACGAUGACGGGGGAGAGGAGGAGGAUCAAGGUGACCUGGAAACGUACUAUGACGGCGUGGCGAGCGACGUGGAGCAGCAGGGAGCAGACUCUUUUGAUCCUGAGGAGUACCAGUUCACCUGUCUGACGUAUAAAGAGAGUCAGAGGGUGCUGACGGAGGAGGUGCACAGGGUGGCAGAAGCUCUGAAGGUUUUACCAGCGGUAGCGAAAUUAAUUCUGGUGCAUUUUCACUGGCAAGUUUCACAGAUAUUGGAUCGAUACAAGUCCAACUCAUCUCUGCUGCUGUCCGAAGCACUCGUCCAGCCCAGCAGCUCCUCCAGAUCCAUCCCUGCGCCCCAGUCCCUCCAGUGUGGUGUGUGUCUACAGAUUGUUCGGAGAGACUCCCUGCUGGCGCUUCCUUGCCAGCACUCCUUCUGCAAGGCAUGCUGGGAGCAGCACUGCACAGUGCUAGUCAAAGAUGGCAUGGGCGUGGGUAUCUCAUGCAUGGCUCAGGACUGUUCCCUGCACAUGCCUGAAGACUUCGUCCUGCCGCUGCUGCCCGGAGAGGAGCUGAAGGACAAAUACAAACGCUACCUCUUCAGAGACUAUGUGGAGAGUCAUUUCCAGUUGCAGCUGUGUCCUGGUGCGGAUUGUCCCAUCGUCAUCAAGGUUCAGGAGCCGCGGGCGCGGAGGGUGCAGUGCAGCCGCUGCAGCGAGGUCUUCUGUUUCAAAUGCCGCCAGAUGUAUCACGCGCCCACAGACUGCGCCACCAUCCGGAAGUGGCUCACCAAAUGUGCCGACGACUCGGAGACUGCAAACUACAUCAGUGCACACACUAAAGAUUGUCCAAAGUGCAAUAUCUGCAUCGAGAAGAACGGAGGGUGCAAUCACAUGCAAUGUUCCAAGUGUAAACACGAUUUCUGCUGGAUGUGUCUGGGCGACUGGAAGAACCACGGCAGCGAAUACUACGAGUGCAGCCGCUACAAAGAAAACCCCGAUAUAGUCAACCAGAGUCAGCAGGCUCAAGCCAGGGAGGCGCUAAAGAAAUACCUCUUUUACUUUGAGAGGUGGGAGAAUCACAACAAGUCUCUGCAACUGGAGGCUCAGACGUAUCAGAGGAUCCAGGAGAAGAUCCAGGAGAGAGUGAUGAACAACCUGGGCACCUGGAUCGACUGGCAGUACCUUCACAAUGCUGCCAAGCUCCUGGCCAAGUGUCGCUACACACUGCAGUACACGUAUCCCUACGCUUAUUACAUGUCGGGCCCUCGCAAGAAACUGUUCGAGUAUCAGCAGGCACAGCUCGAGGCGGAGAUCGAAAACCUGUCGUGGAAGGUGGAGCGGGCCGACACCUACGAGAGAGGAGUGGUGGGAGGAGAGGGGGAGCUCAGUGCCAGUGACAGAGGGGAGCUGGAGAACCAGAUGCACAUUGCUGAGCAGAGGCGACGCACACUGCUGAAAGAUUUCCACGACACCUAAAGCACCAGCUUCUCCUCUUCUCUCGUCCUCUUUUCGUUUCUCCCCAUGACCAUCCGUCAGUGCCGCCUUGCUGACCCCGACCCAUCCCCUUCACACGCCCCCCCCAUUGGUGAUCUCCACUGGCUCAUGUGCCGUUUCUUCUCCCUCCUUCAUCUCACUUCUUAAAUGCUGCAGGGUCACAGAACGGCACGAUUGUAUCUCCUCACUCACUUCCAUCUGGUGGCUUCAGAACAUCUUGUGAUUACACUUGUUUCAGCCCUUCAUAUCUGAGGUUCGAGGUCCUCUCCUCUCACCAACGCAUGGAUCCUUGCUCUUGCUCACAAGUGUCGACUUCUUGGUUGGUUGUUAUUCCUGCCAUGUUCCAGUAUUCAUGAGAGACACUAGAGGGGGAUGAAGUCCAAGACAUGAACCCAGUAAGUUGCUGCUAGCAGUCAUUUUCCGGCAGUCGUUUCUUUCUCUUCCCGGUGAGAUGCAAAAAAAAAAGUUGUACUUUUCUCCACACGUCGUCAUUUGCAA